AUGUCAAUCUUGCCCCCACCAACCACUGAUCUGGUUUACCAGGUGGACUUACUGGAGAGCAUUCGCCAGGGCCAUCCAGUACGAACAUCAGAGCUCACCACCUCGCAUGAACAGAGGAAAGCAGAUUACGAAUAUGUCCAGACUGGACCGCCGAUGCUCACCUUUCUAGGCAUUUCCAGACCCAAAACAACAUACCACGUAUACAUACAUCCCACCUUAAUCGCGCGCUUUGAUCAAAUACAAUCAGCCAUAGGUAAGGCUACAACCAACAUCAUUGAGAGAUGGUUCUCGGACAAAAAGGCGGAUUUUCCGUCAAGGAUGCCCAUUGAAAAACAUGAAGAAGACGUACUCAGAAUGUCUCAGUGGAUCGCCUCGUCGGGCAUUGUGCCAAGAUAUGCCGGAAGAGAAGGUUGUUCGCGCCCAGAUUUUCUGUUCUCCGCCACUUCUCAAAACCCAUAUCAACCCACUAUUUGUGAGAUCAAUGCUCGGUUCCCUUAUAACUCGUGGUUCUUUGUCGAGGCUGCGACAGAUCCAUUUGAGAGGGCUGGUCUCCGAAAUAGCGGGCUGAAAACAGGCCAUGAUUCCGUGGCCUUUAGCGAUGCCGUCUGGAUAGGAUUUGACGUUCAUUUGCUUCCAGACAAGUUCAAACAGAGGACAGAGCAUGAGAUGCGGAUAAUCUCACCAUCUGAUCUAAGACUUACAGAAGAUUCGGAAUCUCCAACAGGCUAUCACCUUUCGUGCACCAUCACAGCUAGCGAAGAGCUGGAGCGGGUGUGGCAGAUUAGCUUAGAUAUGGUCCAGGCCGAGAUUCAAGAAUUUUCGCCGGAGAUGUUGCGUGAGAUCGCUCGCAUCUGCAUCAAUGAUCUACGAUCCGUCUUCUUGCUUCAUGACAAGCGCUUUCUAGGGAUUGUGCUCGAAGACGUCGGCAAUUUAUUAGAGCAAGGAGUAGUGGAUUCCAUGGAAGCUCAAUUGCUAAAGGAAAGCAUUGCGCCUACUUUUGUUCCAGGCUCAGCGGGUUGGCAUGAAGCGAUUUCUUCACCAAAUGCCAAGGAGGAACUGGUGCUGAAAGAUGCUCGUGGGGGGAUUGGAAGGGCCCACGUCUUUGGACACAAUGUCACCCAAGAAGAAUGGGACGAAUGUAUUCGGGCGGCUGGCGAUGGCAAGCUUGUUGACGGUAAGGGAUUCGUCCUUCAAAGAAAGGUUGAUCAAGUUUCCUUUGACAUUUUAAUCCCGACCGGAGAUUCCUUCCAGAGCCGUUAUCUCAUUGGCGCAUGGGCAGCCGUCAACGGUCGAUAUCUUGGCUUGACCUCCAUGAGGUUGGGACAUGAUUUGGGGUGUGUGCCGCCACCAGACGGCGGCAUGGCUAUUCUCUCGGUUACGUCUGCUUCAUAA